GACGGAAUGGCUGCAUCGGAGUUAUCCUAUAUCUCUCAUGGGUCGCAAACAAAACAAAAAGAAGAAGCGAUAAUGUCCAAAAGCAAAAACCGUCUGGCACACCUCCAUAAAAUGUCACUUGGACCGUAACAAACGCGCUCUGCCUUGAAACUUGCCAACCAGCACUUGUGUCAUCUCUUUUGCCCAUCCGAAUUUUACUCGCUCGACAUUAUGCAGCCGGGAAACGUUCUCUUUCAAGGGGGCGGAGACAAUUACUACAGUCCCAGCACGAACCUCGAGUUCCAACAGUUUUCAUACGCAGAGAAAAGCGGGACGCAAGGAAAUGUGGGGUCGAGUAACUACGCCCAAGCGUAUCCGCCUUCCACCUAUGCAUAUCAACAAACGGGAACGGGGGAAGUGACUUGGGCAUCCAUACGAGCAGCGUUCACUACUGGAGGCUUUGCAGAUGAGCCACCGCUUCUUGAAGAGCUAGGAAUAAAUUUCAGUCAUAUUAAGAAAAAGGGAGUAACGGUGUUGAAUCCCCUGAGAGCAGUAGACAAGCACAUUAUGGAUGAUACCGAUCUGGCUGGCCCGAUAUUGUUCGUCUUACUGUUUGGUGGAUUCCUACUACUGUCGGGAAAAAUCAAUUUCGGUUAUGUAUACGGCGUGGCAAUGUUGGGUUGUGUAUCAGUCUAUGCCAUUCUCAAUCUGAUGAGCGAGUCGGGUAUCGACGGAUACCGUACCGCGAGUGUUCUGGGCUACUGCCUUCUACCGAUGGUUGUACUCAGCUCAGUCGCUACUUUAUUACAAUUGAGUGGACACAUUGUCGGUCUCAUACUCAGCGCAUUGUCAGUGCUAUGGUGCACAUAUUCAGCUUCAAAGAUGUUCACCACGGUUCUGUCAAUGAGCGAGCAGCGACUUCUCGUAGCAUACCCUGUUGGGCUCUUGUAUAGCGCGUUUGCGUUGCUGGCCAUUUUUUGAUAUUUGUAGAUACAUUUUCUAAUUCUAUUUUCUGAGCCAUAUUUCAUGUUGCAGUUCCUCGCUAAGGGACAUGGUUGCAAUGUUGGGAACGAAAAUACAAUAGGCGCAUUCCCAUCUUCCAAA